UCUCUCUCUCUCUCUCUCAGAUAGUUUCUCCGUGUAGCUCUGGCUGUCCUGGAUUUCAGUCUGUAGACCAGCCUGGAAACUCAAGAGCUCUGCCUACCUCUGCCUCCAGAGUGCUGCCCUUAAAGGCUUGUGCCACAAGCGCCCGGCCGCAUUGCCUUGUUUUAAGUAGCUCUGCCACUCUCUGGUGGACAAUGAUUUAGCCCAGACAGAAGAGGUUACAAAAUCACCUUAGGGACCAGAUGAAAAUGCCCUUGCCCUAGGGUCUUGCCCAGGCACACCUCACGUGCGGUUCCCGUAUUGAAUUUGAAGUAAUCAUUAUCAUUCAAGAAAUGUUAAGCCUGUCUGGCGGUGUGAAGUCUCCUAAAGAAACGUAUGUCUUGCGGGCGAUUAGCUGAGACGCUCGGAGGGAAACAGAGCCCCCUGCCGACUGAGAGGGCCAAUGACACUGAAGCUGGGACUUCGGUAAUUUGGAGCCGGUACAAGUGACAGCGGAAGAGGAGUAGCUCUGAUAGCCAAUCUAGAAGGGCCGACUCUGCCUGGCCAAUGAGGAACUUAGCUGUGCUCACCCUCCCUGCUCCCGCCGCCUCCUGGCCUUCGCCUCCUCCAUUUCCCUCCCCGUGUUCCUUUUCUGGAACCUCAACUGGCUCCCACUGCUCUCUCGGUGCAGUUACCGUUUGGCGAUCCCUCUCCUGCUAACAUGCCGUUCGUUGAGUUGGAAACAAACUUGCCGGCUAGCCGCAUACCCGCAGGGCUGGAGAACCGGUUGUGUGCGGCCACAGCCACCAUCCUGGACAAACCCGAAGACCGCGUGAGCGUGACGAUACGACCGGGCAUGACCUUGUUGAUGAACAAAUCCACAGAGCCCUGCGCCCACCUCCUGAUCUCUUCCAUCGGUGUUGUGGGCACCGCGGAGCAGAACCGCAGCCACAGCUCCAGCUUCUUCAAGUUCCUCACCGAGGAGCUGUCCCUGGACCAGGACAGGUAUGUAGAGCUAGUGAGGGAACGUAUUUGUGACUCUGUCCUCUGUAUGAGGUUGGGGUGGGGGGUGGGGGACCAUUUGCUGGUUCCAGCAAGCACUCCAUGUCUUAGUCCAAGGAAGUGCAGUGUAUCUGCUCCUUAGGUACUGUGGGUCUGUGAUCAGAGUUAUUGCAAGAUUUCGAUUCCUCCAACGCUCUGCAGCCAUCCCUGCAAGUCCUGAGAAAGGAUGGCUUGGGAAACCCCAAUGCUUCCUGGUGUGUGCUGAGAUUAUGCUCAGGCACUCAGAACCACUAUGAUGAUGGCCUCCGCACGGUCUCAGAACCAGGGUGUUUGGUUUUCCAGCCUGGUCAGAGGGAAUCUGGUUAUGGCCUGAGGCAGAUAACCUUUGGACUAGAUAAGGCUCCUGGAGAGUCACCGGGUAAUGAAAAGACCAUUGGCCUAGAUAUUCCUUGGUUUGAGGACUACCUCAGCCCAGAGAUCCCAGAUGAACCUGGAAAUAAACUAUCUCCAGUUUGUAGCCCUCUCUUCCAUAGAGGAAGUAGGUCAGGCUAAAUGACUUCCCACAAGAAGAUGUCCCCCUCCCCAAAAUCCUUACAGUCUGAGGUGGAGUUAGAGUCUCCUAUUCCUGAGUCUGGAGCAUGCCUGUGAAGAGAUAAGUUCGAAAGAGCUUUCCAAAAUGGAGUCCUUGUAGGCUCAGGAAAGUUGGUAAUGGCUGCUUGUGUUGGUUGGAUGCUCAGACUCUGUCCUUAGGUUGAGGAGACAAUGCUUCUUUUUUUUUUUUUUUAAUUUAUUUAUUUUUAUAUAAAUACACUACACCAGAAGAGGGCAUCAGAUCCCAUUACAGAUGGUUGUGAGCCACCAUGUGGUUGCUGGGAUUUGAACUCAGGACCUCUGGAAGAGCAGUCGGGUGCUCUUAACCACUGAGCCAUCUCUCCAGCCCGAGACAAUGCUUCUUAACAAUAACACUCGUGCGUAGCCUGUGUCAGGGUCCCUGCACCCAGUAUUCCAUUUGAUCCUUGCAGGCGCUUUCCAGGGCCCUCAGGGCAGAUUUAGUAACUUCAUGAGGUGGAUAACUGUAUUAGACCAACCUUACUGUAUUAGACCCUGAGGGUGUCAGCCCUGUGCACAGCCGCCCUGGUGCGAGACUAUCACCAGGCACUUCCUCUGAGCUCUGUGAUUGAGCAAUCACUUACUCCACAGAUUUGAACCAGAUUUGAACCCGUGCCUCGCUUAGAGCCAGGUUUUGGUUCGACACCAAAUGGCUGGUACACUGGGCAUGCCCGUAGGAGCCUGCGGUUAGAAGCAGGGGGAGUGUUAGCUUGACACGUGUACCUGAGCCCUGAGCACACUUACUGAAGCCAUUGGUUAAGCCUGCCCUGGGCCCGGUAUAACCAUCGCCUUUCGCCUGACUGUCUGGGUGCAAAGAUCAUCAGCUGGAGUGGGCAGAUUGGCAAGAUAUCCUCUGGGCUGGCCUGAGAGCUUAUCCUGGGAUGUCCGGCAGGUACCUUGACCUAGGAGGAGUGUGUCAAGGAGCUGACAUUUCUUUCUCUACUUCCUAAAGGAUCAUUAUCCGAUUCUUCCCCUUGGAGCCCUGGCAGAUCGGAAAGAAAGGAACUGUUAUGACGUUUCUGUGAUGGAGACAAGGAACGCAGGGCGUUUGCUUGAGCCUGUCCAGAGCCCUUCCAGAGAGGCCUCCUGGCAGAUACGAUACCAGAUCCCUCUUUUGCAUAAGUGUCUGUGAUCUCACUGACCUGUUUUCCUCUCCCCCAGCCUCGUGAACGAGGAGAGCAAAUAAAGAAGAGAGCAUAAUCCCAA